CGAAGGACAGGUAAAGCGGCGGCGGCGGCAGCGGCGGCGGCGGCGGCGGCGGCGGCGGCGGCGGCGACGACGAACGGGGAAGGAAAGCGGAAGUUGAAAGCGGAAGAAGAAGAGGGUCGUCCAUCGGCAGGAGGGCCCCACAGAUGCGGGGCCCGCAGGGGCCAGUCCGCGGCGGCGUGACGCGAUGCGGACGUCCUCCUCCUCUUUGCCGAGGAAGAGGAAGAGGAAAGACCUCUCGCCUCCCGACACCGUCCUCCUCGCCAACGGCAGGCGACUAUCAGCUAGACAUGUCGAUCGACAGCAUUGUUCUACGCGGCGCGAUGUUAUCGCGUCGUAUCGAACGCGGCGCGACGCUCUUUAUCGAGGACGAGAUGCUUCCCCGGUGUGCCGUGAAGUUCUUGAGAAGCUGGAGAGUCGCGCGACAAGUGGGAUUUCCGGCGAGCAAUGCGAAAAGCAGGGAGCGUGGAAGAGGAGCGAACGCGACACGGACGACGACGGUGGAAGAGGACGAGAGAAGCGACGACAAAAUGCGAAGGGUAUCGCGAGUAAAGGGAUUCUCCAAAAGAUUCCGCGCGACGACGGCCUCGUUAAGAGCGUCUUCCUACUGGCGCUUCUCUGCGCUCAAUGCUGCCUGGCGGCUACCGAGGCCUUGGCGGGCACUCAGAAGUAUUGCACCAGAACGGUCAAGACGCGCUACGGUAUUCUGCGCGGCAUCGAGGCCAGAUCAUCGACUUCCGUCGAGACUUAUUACGGUGUGCCGUACGCGACCCCACCGCUCGGCGCCCUACGCUACAUGCCACCGGUCACCCCGACGCCGUGGCGCGGCACCAGGCUCGCCGACACGAUGCCGCCGGCCUGUCCGCAACAGCCUCCAGUACCGGACGCAAGCCUGCCACGGCAGAGGCGCGCCUACUUCGAGAGGCUAGCGCCCAUACUGGCUAACCAGAGCGAAGACUGCCUCUAUCUCAAUCUCUACGUGCCAAAAUCACCCCACGGUAGUGUCGCGGAUUCGCUGCCGGCUCUUCUUCUCAUUCAUGGCGAUUCUUAUUCGUGGGGCGCCGGAAAUUCAUUCGACGGGACCGCCCUGGCCGCUCACGGACGCCUCAUCGUUGUCUCCAUCAAUUUUCGUCUUGGCGUGCUUGGCUUCCUGAAAACCGGGUCAAAAGGGAGCGCGCAGGGCAAUUACGGAUUGAUGGAUCUGGUGGCGGGACUUCAUUGGCUGCGCGAGAAUCUCGGGGCUUUUGGCGGCGAUCCCGAGCGACUGGCGUUGCUGGGCCACGGCACCGGAGCGGCUCUCGCCAAUUUUUUAGCCGUCUCUCCGAUGGCGAAAGAGUUAAUCGGGAGGGUGAUUCUGCUCGGAGGUUCGGCUCUGUCGCCGUGGGCGGUUCAGCGAGACCCGCUGACGGUGAAGCGCCGUGUCGCCGAAGAGACCGGUUGUCCCGGUGACGUCGAGAGCGACGAUAUCGCACCGUGCCUUCGUUUAAAGAGCGUGGAGAAGCUACUGGCGGUGCAGCUGGAUCCGCCGAGAUUCACUUCCGGAUUCGCGCCCUUCAUCGACGGGACCGUUCUACCACCGACGGUCAAUCAGAACUUCCAGCCUACUGCCUCUUCUUCGGGAAUAAUGCCGAUCCUGCCUGGGCCCGGCGCUGAAUUCGCGGACUUUGGCGAUCGUGACUUGCUCUUUGGUUUGACAUCCGAGGAAGCUUGGAUUAAUCUCUCCGAGGAAGAUUUGAAGAGCGGCUUGAACGAGACGAGGAGGGACCGUAUACUGCGCACUUACGUGCGAAACACGUACCGGUACCAUCUGCAUGAAAUCUAUUCCACUCUCCGGAAUGAGUACACCGACUGGGAACAGGGCGAGCAGAGUCCCAUGGCGAUCUGCAAGGGUCUCUUAUCUCUCCUCGGAGACGGCCAAGUCGCCGCGCCGCUCCUCAGACUGGCCCUCCUGCACUCUGCCUCGGAGGGACGGGGCUACUUCCUGCAUUUCCAGCCGGGCGAACGACCUCUCAGCCUUAGGGGCGAGGAAGUGCCGUAUCUUCUGGGUAUACCUCUUCUCCGCGGGGAAGUCACGUCUGUGCUGUCCGCCUUCGGUAACUACACCCCCGCCGACGAGAAUCUAUCCAAGCUCCUCGUGCACUAUUUGGCUAACUUUGUGAGGCGCGGGGAUCCGAACGGCGCCAGUUCCUCGUUCGCGGGACUGGACAGCAGCCCAGCGACGAGUCCGCCGUUCUGGGAUUCGUACGACUCCAUAAACCAGUUGUACUUGGAGGCCAGUUAUAGUCCGGAGAUGCGCUCGCACUACAGAGGCCACAAGAUGUCCUUGUGGCUGAAUCUACUGCCGCAGCUGCACCGGCCGGGCUACGAGAUCAACAUGCGGCACCAUCACCUCGCGGAGAGCCCGACUCUUUACGAGGGCCCGGUACGCCCACAAAGCACGGCCGCGCCCCUGCCGCCGCCCCCGUUGCCCAUGCCGUCUCCCACGGAGCCCUCCUCGAUACUGACCGUGCUCUCGACCACGGAAUGCACCCCGAACACGACCGUCGCGACGACAAUGGCGCCCACCACCUCGCGCACGAUGCCGCACGCGAAUCUAGGUCCGGGGCCUAACAAUCUCCUGCGCAAGCUGGCAUCCAGCCACUAUCAGAGCUACACCACGGCGCUCACGGUCACGAUUGCGGUGGGCGUGUUUCUGCUGCUUCUCAACAUCCUGAUCUUCGCGGGGAUCUAUCAUCAGCGCGACCGGAACACGUCCAGCGGCGGUCUGUCGGGCGCCUUCGGCACGAAGAAGAAGGAGGAGCUGCUGGAAGCCGGCUGCUCCGGCAUGGACACCUCGGCCUCGGGUAAGCAACGACUGUCGUCCUCCAUAAUAGACUCGCCGUCGUCGAUCCUGCCGCCGCACAAGGCGAAGCUCGUGCAGGAGCUGGAGAUGCAGCUGCAGGAGUUCCAGUGCUCGCCGCCGCCCGGCGGCGGCAAGCGCAUCCUGGAACCGCCGACCUACAGCAAGAACCCGUGCAUCCAGCGCACCCGCACGCCGUCGCCCUGCGUGGACGCCACGAUCGCGCGAAUGAACGAGGUCAGCGACGUCGGCGGCAUCCCUCACGACAGCGAGGACGAGAACGACGAGUUGCCGGAACCGCCGCCGCCGCCCAAGGCACCGGCGCCCAACGUCGGUCUCACGUGUCCCGGAAUCCUACGGCAGCCCGGGACGCCCGGUAGCGCGAAGAAGCGUGUGCAGAUUCAGGAAAUCUCCGUGUGAUAAACACGGUAAUUCUAGCUCCCUCAAAGAUCUUUGAUGUUGGAGAGAGCGGUUCACCGGGAAAUGCGCGCGACGUAAGACGGGCGCGGUGUCGAUCGGGAUCAAGUGCGACGAGAGGCUUCUUUGAACUCUGAUUAUUAUCGGGGAUACACUCGAGGCGCGAGAGAGGCGCGCUCUCUCAGUCGCUCAAGUGAGUUUUCGUUCCUCUAAUAAAAUUAUUGUUUUCCGUAUUUCCUUUGAGAAUAUAAAAAUAGUGCUCGUUGCGUUACGUCGCGAUGAGGUAAAAAGAAAAAA